AAGUACUCAAUUCUAUUAAGAAAUCAAAUUCUUUUUAUAAUUUCAGUUGCAUCGUUAUCAAAAACUAAACUUCAAAAGAAAAAGAUCUCCAGAAGCACUAUAAAAAAGGCAUUUUCAGAACAAUGUGAUUGCCCGAAGAAAUGUACUAGGCAAAGCUUUUUUACAAGGGAUUUAAUUGAAAAUUGCCAUUCCACAUUAUGGUGUUUAAAUGCUAAAGAAAGACCAAGGUGGUUCCAGAAAAAGUUUGAAGACUUCCAAAGUGUAAAAGAAGGAAAAUUUCAUUUCAUUCUCCAUGGUCAUGGGGUAUGCCUGAAAAGUUGGUUGAUUGCACAUGGGAUCAAAAAAUCAAUAUACUACAAGGAAAGAAAAACUUGGAUGACCAGAGACGAAGGACCACUCUCUUCGGUCAGAAAAUUAACAUCAGAAAAAAGACUUCAUGCCAUUAACUGGUUUGGGGAAUACAUUGCAAUGAGAGGAGAAAAUCCUCCACAUAUUCAAGAAAUUUGGCUUCCCUUUGGUUUAAGGAAAAAUGAAGUUUAUUCAAGAUAUGAAGUGGAAACUGAAGAAGAAAGCAGAGACAGAGUAUCUUAUCAAACAUUUUUAAACAUUUGGAAGGAUCACUUUUCACAUGUAAAAAUUAAACAGAGCAACUUGUUCACAAGAUGUACUACAUGUGACAAGCUUGACAGAGAACUUCACAAACAGCUUAACCCAGAGAAAAAAAGGGACAUUUUUAUCAAGAAGCAAGAACAUCUUCACAGACAAAUGAAAGAAAAAUCUGCAUAUUACCGAAGAAAAACUGUUAGCAGACGAAGACCAGAUAGAUAUAUAAGCCUCAUUAUAGAUGGGAUGGACCAAUCCAAGACAAACAUUCCCCAUUUUAAGGGAAGACCAAGCAAGACCUACACCAGUACAAGCAUGAUUCCAAUCUCACAUUGA